AUGCCGCAACGACCAUGCUCCUUCCCCUGUACCCGCGACCUCUUCCGCAUUUCUCGACGCACAUACACGGCCGCCAGCGAGCAGUAUGCACGUGAAAGCCGUGUCCCAAGGCGCAUCCAUGUCUAUGGCGUCGGCAACAUUGGCAAGCUGAUUGCCCACUCGCUGCGUGCAGACAUCAACCCUCCGCCCGUCACGCUGCUCUUCCAUCGCCCUGCUUUGUUGGAUGAGUGGAGACGUGGCGACAAGUCUAUCGUCCUCGAAUCUGACGGCCACCGUGUCUCCCGCUCUGGCUUCCAUGUCGAGCUCGCCAUUCCACCCACACGCCGCCAUCACGCCAGUGUCGAUACUCGCGACGAGGAGCCAACACAUAGCUCUGCUGAAGAGCCUAUCGAUAAUCUGAUCGUCACGUCAAAGGCCACUGCCACCAUAAGUGCUCUCGACGCUGUCAAGCAUCGUCUGCGACCAGAGUCCACCGUUUGUCUAUUGCAGAAUGGCAUGGGCGUCAUAGAUCACCUCAACAGAGAAAUCUUCCCAGAUCCUGCCACGAGGCCCAACUACAUCCAGGGCGUCGUCACUCACGCUCUCAAUUCUCCGGACCGCUCCAAGCCGUUCUUUGCAGUACAUGCCGCUCACGGUACCAUAGCCCUGGCUGCUCUGCCAAGAGGCCAGCUCAAGGACCAUCCCGGUGCCUCUGUUCCCUUCGCACCCACUUCGCGCUACUUGUUGCGCACCUUGACCGGGCUACCCGUCCUUGGUGCGGUUGGCUUCCCUCCUAUCGAGUUCAUGGAGCAGCAACUCGAGAAACUGGCCAUCAACGCCGUCAUCAAUCCUUUGACUGUCAUGCUGGACGCCCCCAAUGGCUCAAUACUAUACAACUUUGCUGUCACCCGUACCAUGCGUCUCUUACUAGCUGAAAUCUCCUUGGUCAUCCGCUCAUUACCAGAGUUACGCGGUCUGCCCAACAUUCAGGAUCGCUUCUCACCUGAACGCCUGGAAACUCUGGUUGUCAGUACUGCAGACAAGACACGGUAUAACAUCAGUAGUAUGCUCGCCGAUGCUCGCGCAGGCAGAAAGACAGAAGUCCGCUACAUCAAUGGCUACAUUGUGAGUCGAGGUGAAGAGAUGGGCAUGCAAUGUGUCUGCAACUACAUGAUGAUGCAGCUGGUAGAGGGCAAGACUAACAUGAUACAACGCGAGAACCUCGACCAGGUCCCUAUCGGGCGACAGGAUCUUAAUGGAUACCAAUCAUAG